GUGAUCUAGUUCUGGAUCGACAUCUUCUUUCACAGUAAACCGAUUUUGUGCAACUGAUUCAUCAAAGUCAACCUUAUAAGAACACAAACAGUUGAUUAAAUUGAGUAGAUAGUUUAUUAUCUAACAGUUUAACAUCUUCAAAGCUAUAGUGAUGAGGAUAUUUGUUGCACCAGGUGGACAUAUACCCAUCAAAACCCUGAGCUCGGGAAAUAAACCUUGAUGAUGACGUGCAAAUAACGCAUUCAAGAACAAAAAGUGCCCGGGCUCACAGCCGGCCCAUGUAAUUGGCGUAUUCCAUUUCCUGAACUGAAAAAAAUAAUGCCUGCUAAUGGUCUCCUGCUAUAGUAAAACUACCGUACUUAAGGGACACAACAUUUCUCAGUGCUUUUUCGUGUGUAUAUAUGCAGUAAUGUACGAUUUCUUAAAAGUUGCAUUUUAGUUUGACUGGCAUUCCACGUCUAGUCUGACAUCUUUGAGAAGCAUAUUAUAUUACAGAAUUAAGCAAAAUGAAUAUUAGGAUUACCAAGAUUUUAGUUCACUUGCUUGGGAUGGUAGUUGUAAUGACAACAGCACAGCUAUGCACAAACAAAGGCUUCGAGUGUACAACUGAACAAGACCCAUGCGUCUGCAAGAAAGUUAACUGUAUCCCUACUAUAAACCCAUGUAUCGGCCUUACAGAAAUGCGUUUAAUGUCCUCAACACUUUCAACGAUACCAUCAGAAGCAUUUGCUAACUAUAGUAACCUUCAGUCGAUCAGUAUUCUGCAGGAAGAGGAUGCUGUGAUUAUCGAGGAGAAUGCAUUCAAGAACCAAAACGAGUUGAAAAAGCUUGAGCUAAACGUGAAAGGAUCAAUAAAAGAAGAUGCCUUUAAAGGUUUAGACCAGUUGCAAAUAUUUUCAUUAAAACCCAAUUUCAGCAGUGUUUCUAGUAAAACAUUCACCGGCCUUACCGCAUCUUUACGUGAAUUGACCCUAAGCCGGGGCAUCUUGUCUGAUGUACAAAAAGGCGCAUUUGUUCAGUUCUACAAUUUGACAAAACUUGAUCUUUCAUUCAACAAGCUUACUAAGAUUAAAUCUGAUUGGAUGAGGGAACUGAGUUCGUUACAGGAGCUUAUCUUGACUUCUAACUCAAUUACUAUGAUAGAAACGGAUUCCUUUGAACAGAUGUCUAACCUAAAGAAAAUGGAUUUACGUUUAAACAACCUAAAAAUAAUCAGUCAAAAAAUAUUCACUGGAUUAAUAUCAAUCACCGAGCUUAACCUGUCUGCAAAUAAAUUACAACAAAUUGAGGCAGGAUCAUUUCGAAGGCAAUACAAAUUACAAAUACUACAAUUAAAUAACAAUAAUUUGGUUACAUUUUCAUUUAGUGACUUGUAUCAAGAGAAUAGUACUCUUAAAGCACUGACAUUGAACAAUAAUAAUCUAACUUCUUUGGUUUUCCCAACUUCACCUACAAUCCCACUUCAUAACCUGAAGCACAUCGAUUUACACUCAAAUAUGUUGGUUACGUUUCCUACCGUCGUUCUUGAUAGCUACUUGACAAAUCUCAAUCAUAUCAACAUGAGAUUAAAUCCAUUUAUUUGUGACUGUGCGAUGUCAAAUCUUUCAAACCAUUUUACAACUUUUUGGGGUAAUCUACCUGACUGCUCGAAAUCUGUGCUGGCAAGAUGUUUUGCACCAUCUGUAGAAACUAAAUCAUCCAACAUCUCCGCAAAGAUAGAAAGCAAUGUUAUUCUACGGUGUAAUAUUCUAGGCCAGCCAUAUCCUGUGGUUAAUUGGGUCGGGCCCAUGGGAAAAUCUUUAAUAGGUGAUUACAAUCCAUACACUGGCGUUACCUGGUUACACCUGAGAAAUAUCACAACUGCUUUGCUCGGUCGAUAUGAAUGCGUAGCUUCGAACGCAGAGGGGUACAACAAAGCAGUUAUCACUGUUAUUGAACAUGUAGAGAAAGAACAGCUCAUAUCUCACUCAGUGUUUGUAAGUACCUCAUUACCUUAUGUAAUGGCCUACUUAUUAAUAUUUAUGUUGGCUAAGUUAUAAAGUCUCUCACAUACAGUGUAACAUACACAAUCUUUAUAAGUAACAUACGGUACUCUUGAAAUUGGCUUAUCAUAAAUCAUAAUCUUGAACAAGUUAUUACCAAAAUAUAUUACAGUAUAUCAAUAUCAAUUAGCAACUGAUAGACUAAUUAUUUUCAUGUACAAUAUUUUUAAUUAAUCAUUCAAUAAAUUUCAUGCAAACAGCGGAGUCAGAUAGUAGUAUACAUGCUGUUUAGUUGUUAUUGAUGAUACAUACUAAUAUGUAAUACUUAAUACUUAUAAGUAAAAAUUCUUUCUUGAAAUAUAUUUACUAAAAUAAAAUACAAUAUAUUAAUAUUAUUUAGGCAAAUAAUAAACUAAUGAUUAUUUUGAUGUACAAAACAGUAUUUGUAUUAUACAGUAUAUAAAUUAUUAAUCAGUCCAUAAAUUAUAUAUUUGAGGAGCUUAGAUGUAGUUAAUAUAUAUCUCUGGGUUAUAAUUGGUAACUUUACCAUAAAAUUUGAGAAAAUAAUGCUGUUCUUGUCAUUCAUACAAUUUAUACAUAAUGAUAUUCAAGAUAAAUGGAGUAUUAAUAAUAAUUAUGAUGAUGGUGAUAAUUUAGAUUAUAAAUGAUGAUUUGUUUGUGUCCUGUUAUGCAUUUUAUAUUGUUAUUGUUGUAGUUUGUAGUUUCCUCUAUAGAAAAAAAAAAUUAGUGUUCCUCAUACUUGAAAAAUUGUAUUGGUUUUGUAGAUCAAUGUCAUAACUAAAUCUGUAUUUUAUUGUUAUACAAGCAUUUCAGUCAUUGGAUCACCUCUAUCAAUUAUAUUUGAAUAAAUGAAUAAAUACAGAAAAAAAGAA